ACUUUAAACAGUUUGAGAACUAAUCUGAAAGAGGAAGAAGACUCUGUAUAUAUUGGCUAGCAGAUGUGCCCUGCCCCGCCCUCUCCCCUCUUGAAAAUAGCAGCGAUCCAUCUCUGCAAAGAAGCUUGCCUAGAGAGCAAACACAUAUAAAAAUCUCCAAGGUAUCCUGAUUUGCUCGGCAGCUCACCAAUGAAGGUUAGCUCUCCAAGGGACUCUAGAUACAUUUAUUGAAGACCUGGAGCCUGUUUCUGAGAGCCAAUGCAAAAGGAUCCUAAACUGUGAACCUUGAAGACAGCAGUCAAAUCUUCUUCCAAUUCAAUCUAUUCACUGAGAACAGAUACCAGGCUGCCUAUACCUGAGAGGAAUGUAUCUGCAUUACUGUUUUCUACAGUAUUAAAGGAAAUAAGCUUGGGCAUACUUUGACAUUCCAAAGAAGAACGGACCAUCAUAAGAAGGAAUAUUUGUGAAGAGUACUGCAGUUCCAGAAAGAGGCACCAAGCAAACAUUCCUAGAGAAACAUGGAUGGAGCUGGAAAUCUGACAGUAUCUUCUUCCAGUAAUAACACAUGCCAUGACACUAUUGAUGACUUCCGCAAUCAAGUGUAUUCCACCUUAUACUCUAUGAUCUCUGUUGUGGGUUUCUUUGGCAAUGGCUUUGUGCUCUACGUCCUCAUAAAAACAUAUCAUGAGAAAUCAGCCUUUCAAGUAUAUAUGAUUAACUUAGCUGUAGCAGAUCUCCUCUGUGUGUGCACAUUGCCUCUCCGUGUGGUCUAUUAUGUUCACAAAGGCAUUUGGCUCUUCGGAGACUUUUUGUGCCGCCUCAGCACCUAUGCCCUAUAUGUUAACCUCUACUGUAGCAUCUUCUUUAUGACAGCCAUGAGCUUUUUCCGAUGUGUUGCAAUUGUUUUCCCAGUCCAAAACAUUAAUUUGGUUACACAGAAAAAAGCCAGGUUUGUGUGUGUUGGCAUUUGGAUUUUUGUUAUUUUAACUAGUUCUCCAUUUUUAAUGGCCAAAUCUUACAAAGAUGAAAAAAACAACACAAAGUGUUUUGAGCCUCCUCAGGACAAUCAGGCCAAAAAUCAUGUUUUGAUUUUGCAUUAUGUGUCAUUAUUCAUUGGCUUCAUCAUCCCUUUUGUUAUUAUAAUUGUCUGCUACACGAUGAUCAUUUUGACCUUACUAAAAAAUUCUAUGAAGAAAAAUUUGUCAAGUCGUAAAAAGGCUAUAGGAAUGAUCAUAGUUGUGACAGCUGCCUUUUUAAUCAGCUUCAUGCCAUAUCAUAUUCAACGCACAAUCCACCUUCAUUUUUUACACAAUGAAACUAAACCCUGUGAUUCUGUCCUUCGAAUGCAGAAGUCAGUGGUUGUAACCUUGUCUCUAGCUGCAUCAAAUUGUUGCUUUGACCCUCUUCUAUAUUUCUUUUCAGGGGGGAACUUUAGGAGAAGGCUCUCUACAUUUAGAAAACAUUCUUUGUCCAGCAUGACUUAUGUACCCAAGAAGAAGGCCUCCUUUCCAGAAAAAGGAGAAGAAAUAUGUAAAGAAGAAUUUAAACCCAUAUCCAGUGUAAACCAAUGAAGAGUUUCCCAAACAUUUUCUAAAAUCAUUUACAAUAAAAAUAAAAAUUUCCAUUAACAAUUUGCAAAUAUUUAACUAUGUGUGCCUCCUAAUCUACCUCAUUUAUGCAUCACAUUAUCAGAUAUUUUAAGUGUUAAGAAUUCAACCCACAGCUAAAGGCUAAAUUAUAAACAGUUGUUUGACCAUUCACCAAAAGGUAGAGAAUAUUUGGAGUGUAAAACAUGGAUCUGAGAUCAAAGUUUUCCUCCACAAAUAAAAGCUUUACAAAGGAUAAGGGGUACACUUUUAAGAUAUAAAAUCAUCAAAUAAUUCUCAAUCAUCCUAACAUAUUCCUUUGCUUGCAUGCCAUCAGAUGAGAACUGGAGAUGACCCAAGAGUUGCACAAAACGUACUGUUAGCCUCCCCCUUUGUAGUACUGAGUAGAGAAGCAAAGUAGAGCCACUUUUUCCAGAAGAGAAUGUACACGUUCUAGAACGUGCUAGUGUUCAGCCAAAUGACCCGAAAAGCUCUGUGCAAUGUACAUUUUGGAAACCGAGGAAAAUAUAUCUGAUCAAAGAUAAGCAUGUCUGCAAUAUUCUUCUCCCCCUGCCUCAGGUCUACAAAGAGAAUGAUGGCCUUUUAGUUGCCUGUUGAGGUUCCUAUAACAUUCUCUCCAUACAUGACAUAUAAUUCUUCCUUAAGAAGCCAGACAGGGCUGGGGAUUUGGCUCAAGCCGUAGCGCACUCGCCUGGCAUGCGUGCGGCCUGGGUUCGAUCCUCAGCACCACAUACCAACAAAGAUGUUGUGUCCGCCGAGAACUAAAAAAUAAAUAUUAAAAAUAUUCUCUCUCUCUCUCUCUCAAAACAAAAAAAGCCAGACAACUAGCACUCCUGUAUAUAAACAGAAAGUAAUUAAAAAUUUAUCUGAAGAAACAGAAAGGGGAUCUACUUUCCUACAUGAUUAUUAUUAGGAUCAAAAUUAACUACAAGGAAUUUCUGAAGAAAAUUUUGAAUGUCCAUGUUACAAAUUCUUUCAAGACGUGCAUAUAUUAUGUAUAAACAUAUAAAUAUAUGUAGGUGAAUUUGUUCUAUGAUAUGUAUUUAUGGGUGAAAGUUAAUUAUAAACUUUAUUAUUAUUUCAUACUUUUUGCUUUUAUUGGCAUGUUGACAGUAAUAUCAAAGAUUUAUUUACAGUGAUUUUUAUAUUAAACUGGAAGCUUUGUUCUUACAACCAUGAUAACAACUUGGUUAUAGCUACAAUAUUCAUGGGCAAGCUUUUGCUGAAGUGCAGUAUGUUCCUUGACUUUGUGGAUUCAAAAGGCACAUUACCUCAGAAGAAAAAAUUACGAUCGUGAAGAAAAAAGGAAAACUAUGAAAGGAGACAUUCUAUCUAAAUCUGUCACAUGUACAUUAUUUAUAUAUAUCUUCUAAUGUGGCAGUCUCUUGAAAAAAAAUCACAAAACAUAAAUAGAAGGGGGCUCUAAGGCAUAGUAAUAAUUGGUACCCAUGGAUUUUUGUUUAAUAUACGUGAGACUUGGAAGUACUUACACUUUUGCUUUAUACUGCUUUUCCCUUACUUGAAACAAAAAUCAAGCAUAAUUGUCAUAAAAUUCAGUUCUUAUUUCUCAUUUACUAAGCCUUCUGUUAUUUGGCAAGCAGCACAGUGUGUGAGAAUAGCACUACAUUGGAAGCCAGAAAACCUAGAUGCUAACCUGGUUUCUACUAUAUGAUACUUGUGUAAAUUUAGGAUAUGAUGUGAACUUUCUUAUUUGUAAAACGGGAAAUAUUUGUUUGGCUUUCCAUAUAGGGCAAUUGUAAACCUCAAAUGAGAUGUUAUAUUAAAGUUUUACUUUAAAAAUA